AUGAUCAAUUCACAGUUCACCGUCGAUUAUACUGUAGCGGGUAUUAAAACAGUAGAAGGAGAGUAUAUUUCGAGCGAUGAUGAUAGAGUCGAGACACCUUCUAAAUGGACAGAUGAACGUAAAAGUAUUUGCAUUGACGGUGAAUCUAUUGCAAAGAAACGAUUAUGUUCUAAUGAUUCAAAAAAGAAGCCACCACACUCUUAUAUCGCUAUGAUUUCCAUGGCAAUAUUGAGUAAACCGGACAAGAAAAUCUUACUCAACGAUAUAUAUCAAUAUAUAAUGGAACAUUUUCCAUUCUACAAUAACGAAGAAAAGGCAUGGAAAAACAGCAUACGGCAUAAUCUUUCACUGAACGAGUGCUUCUGGAAACAUAGCAGGUCUAAUAGCGGAAAGGGCAACUAUUGGUCUAUCCAUCCAUCAUGCAUCGAAGAGUUUAAAAAGGGAGAUUUCAGGCGUCGACAAGCACGGCGGAGGGCACGGACCAAUUCUGUCAAAUCUGUCAACGGUUUUUCUUAUGAAAAUGACUUCCGAUACAAUUUUGGAUAUGUACCUAUGACAUCCUCGUUAAUUGGGUUCAACUCAAUGAACGCAACACCGAUGCAUCCAACCCUUCACAGUCCAUUCAACAUUUUUCAGUCUCCAGUAUCUGAAUUCGGAACGACUGCAAACCCCUGUCCCGCCACCAUUCAGUCUCUUGGAACCAACUCACUAUUUCAAGUUACACCAUCAACGCCAUUCGUACAAUCUGCGCUUAAUAUGAAGUCAUCGUUCAGCUCAAAUACAGAUCCAUUUUUUAACCAUCUGUCAGAUACAAAGAGGGUUUUCUGA